UCUUUUUAUCUGGGGCUUAAGUGAUUCCAACAUUUUUUCAAUGGUGUCAGUUCGUGUAUUGAAUUUUUAAUAAAGUUAUUAAAGUCAAAAAUGAUGUGGUGCAUAAAGUUUAUAAUUUUAGUAGGAAUUUCGUUCUUAAACAGUGCAGAAAGUCAAGAGUUUCUCCACGAAAGCAUGAAGCCCCACGAAAUUGAAAUACUUUUCGGCUCUAGUCGCAUACCCUCCUAUAAAAUUGUUCCUGUCAGUCAUACUCUUUACUCGAAUAAUAUAAAACGUCGAGUGGUUGAAAUAUUUUUUGAACAACCUAUGCGAUUGUAUUUGGAACCGAGCGAUGGUUUACUUGCUGGGGUCAAAACACAUGUAUACAAAGCAAAAUCUCUAAGUGGUAUGAAAAAUAAAUUGAAAUUUCAACGACUUAGAAAGGUUAUAAAAAAUCAAGGUAAAUUUUAUCAAGAUACUGUGAAUAAAGCUGCUUUAUAUGUUACUCAUGAUCGUGAAAAUAAACCUUUAUUCAAUGGAGUAAUUGACCAAGUUGCCGUCCGACCGUUGCCGGAACGAUUUCGUAGUCAAUUUAAAAGAGAUAAACGCUCUGCAAAUGAUGAGUUUUCGCAAUCCAAUCGAAAAGUUUACCAUUCCAAUCUCGAGGAUACACAUCAUCACAUUGUAUUCAAAAUACAUAAUGAAAAAUCUAUAGGAAAUUCAUUGAAUCUUAAAGCUAAUAGAAAAUAUCCGAAGAAAAAGCAUCACGGCAAGGAAACAACACCGAAAACAAUUUAUCCGCAGAUUUUGGUUUUUAUGGAUUCAACGCUUUUCACACUUUUUGAUAAAAGUGCCAGUGGUGCUGUCGACUACUUGUUGUCAUUCUGGAAUGCGGUAGAUUUAAGAUAUCGAAUUUUUCAGCAACCAAAUAUCCGCUUGAACAUAGCUGGUUUCAUAUUAGCCGAGGAUGCUGGUGUCACUGAAUAUUUGAGCAAAAAUAUUAAAAUAAUUCCUGGCCAUUUUGAUCAAAUGAUACAAGUGGAUGAUUCAUUACACAGCAAGGCUGAGAUGUUUUACUAUGAGACACACUACCAUAAGACAAAUAAUUCUAUGAUUUAUAAACCAUUGGGACUAGAAUUUGAUGUUGUGAUAACUAUGACGGCGCUAAGGCUAUGCUCUUUUAAUUCAAAGAAAUGUUUUGAUUCACGAGGAGAGUAUCAAUGUAGUGCUGAACAUUACUACAUCUCAUCGGCAUGUAGUGCUUUGGGUUACGCUUACAAUGAAGGUGUGUGUUCGUAUAACAUUAAAACUCGGCUGAUGGAGUCAGUGGGAAUUACUCAUGAUAGGGGUGGUUUCAAUGGUAUCAUUCCUACUGCUCACGAGCUAGGGCAUCUAUUUGGGGCAUCACAUUCUGAAGACAAUAGAUACCAAUGCCCUGUUCAAGAUGGAUAUUUGAUGUCUAGCAUAAUGGAUAUUACCAGAGACAGUUUUGUAUUCAGCAACUGUAGUCUUAAUAGUAUUAAAGACUUCUUACAAAGUCCAUCAGCUGCAUGCCUUUCAAAUCAGCCGGUUGUUGGCGAACGAGUGAAAAGAGUCUUACCAGGAAAAAUUUUAUCGCGUGAUGAACAGUGUCAACGACUUGUCAAAUCGAGCUCUUGCAAAGAUGAUGUAAUGGACAAAAUGUGUGACCAAUUGUAUUGUAAAAUUGGAGAUCGUUGUCGUAUUGUCAAAAAUGCACCUGUGCCCGAAGGAAGCUCUUGUGGCGAUGGAUUCCAUUGCAUCAAUGCUAGAUGCACCAACAGGGAUGAAAAAAAAGUAUUAAUUUGGCAAGAACCUGAUGAAUACGACUAUGAUGAAGAUCCUUUUGAAUCAUUCUACUGAAACACUUUUUGGUUAAAUUGUUAAAAAUGUGUAUAUAUAUAGGGUUCGCCGAUUUUAGACAAAAUAAUUAAGGGCU